UAUUAAAACUGUGCUGUGAUACGGCAACUUAAAUAGACUUCUUGGCCAUAAAAAUGCCUUUUGAUCCGAUAAAUCUGUUCCAUACCAAGGGGGCCACGGCAUCUCCACCGAAAAGCACUUGGCAUUUUAAAAAGAACUGCGAUAUGGUGACGUUGGUGCGGUGUGCAAUCCUCAUAUGUGCAUGUCUGAGUGCUCUGGUGGGACCCCGCGUGUGUCACGCGCAGUGGGCACAAACUAAUGGAUGGGGAGGAGCAGGUGUGGGACAUGGCAAACGGGCGUUUGCUAAGAUGAGUACCUGCAAGCCAAAUCCCAGCGUAAUACAGCUCAUUUCUCUCCUAUCGAAGCUCGAAACUCAGAGGGUGCGCCUGUGCGAGAUGGAUAUCUUGAACAAGUACAGGAUCAGGUGACAAAGGGAUUCGUGGAGUCGCCGCAGACUUGGCAGAGACAACCAGGACUGGGGGGCCUCCAGGGAAACACAGCGGCCUAAGGGACACAACUGACAGUGAACCGAUCUCCACCUCGCACCAAGAAACGUCCAUUCUGAUUAGUCAAUGCUAUGAAGUCCCGUAGAAAGAGUUUUUCGGGGCCAUUUUCUGUGAAAAUCGUAUAUAAAAAAGACACUUGGUGGUCAAUUUAAGUUUUAAAAUAUUUAAUAAUAUCCUUCAAUAAAAUCUAAUUAUGAUAUUUUAAAA